AAUUUUUCAAUCGACAGAAUAAUUUAUAUCUAAACUAUCAAACACAUAUAUACAUAUAAACAUGUUGUCUGCUAGAUCUAUCCGCUCAUUCUCCACUUCUGCUGCUGCCUUCAAGACAUUGAAGAUUGGUUUGAUUGCUGGUGACGGUAUUGGUAGAGAAGUCAUUCCUGCUGGUAAGGCUGUCUUGGAAAAUCUUCCAUCUAAAUUUGAUCUUAACUUUGAAUUCGUUAACCUUGAAGCUGGGUUUGAAUUGUUCCAAAAGACUGGUACUGCUCUUCCAGAAGAAACCGUUGAAACUUUGAAGAACUCUUGUGAUGGUGCUCUUUUCGGUGCUGUCUCCUCUCCAACCGUCAAGGUUGCUGGUUACUCUUCUCCAAUUGUUGCCUUAAGAAAGAAGCUUGGCCUUUACGCUAAUGUCCGUCCAGUCAAGUCUGUUGAAGGAAUUGGUAGACCAGUGGACAUGGUUAUUGUCCGUGAAAACACUGAAGAUCUUUACAUUAAGGAAGAAAAGACAUACAGAGCUCCAGAUGGAACCAAGGUUGCUGAAGCCAUCAAGAGAAUUACUGAAACUGCCACCAUUAGAAUCGCUAAGAUGGCCUACAACAUUGCUCUUCAAAGACAAGCCAUUAGAGAAGCUAACCCAAACUUGAAGUCUCUUCACACUAAGCCUUCUGUUACCGUUACCCACAAGUCCAACGUUUUGUCCUUGUCUGAUGGUUUAUUCCGUGAAGUCUGUAAGGGUGUUUACGAUGUCAAUGCUGAAGAAUACGCUGGAAUCGACUACAAGGAACAAAUUGUUGAUUCUAUGGUUUACAGAAUGUUCAGAGAACCAGAAAUCUUUGAUGUUGUUGUUGCUCCAAACCUUUAUGGUGACAUUUUGAGUGAUGGUGCUGCUGCCUUGGUUGGUUCCUUGGGUGUUGUCCCAUCUGCCAAUGUUGGUGACAACUUCGCUAUUGGUGAACCAUGUCACGGUUCUGCCCCAGAUAUUGAAGGUAAGGGUAUUUCUAACCCAAUUGCCACUAUUAGAUCCACUGCAUUGAUGUUGGAAUUCAUGGGUUACCCAGAACCAGCUGCAGCCAUCUAUGAAGCUGUCGACGCUAACUUGAGUGAAGACCAAAUCAAGACCCCAGACUUGGGUGGUAACUCUUCCACCACCGACGUUGUGAAUGAUAUCAUCAAACGUUUAUAAGUUUAUG